AUGGGGACAUAUAGAUUUUCCUUUGUCUUCAAUGAAAAGGAAUGUAUGUCCUUAUCUGUUAUACAGGUCUGCCAUCUGGACGCUACUAAGCAUUUCUUUAAGAAGAAGAAAAAAAUUCAUUCACAAGUCUGGUAUGUGAUAUUUAAAAUGCAGGAGGGUAUUAAAUUGAACACUGAGCGUCUCUAUACAGUGGUGUUCGAAGAGAUCUGUGGGCGUUUUGGAAAGACCUAUACCUGGGAGGUGAAAUCUUUGGUCAUGGGUAAAAAAGCCUUAGAAGGGGCAGGGAUUAUUCGAGAUGUUCUAGAUCUUCCAAUAACAAAAGAAGAGUUAUUACAUGAAAGUAAAAUGAAGCAGGAGAAGCUGUUCCCUACUGCUGAAUUGAUGCCAGGGGUUGAUAAGCUGAUCCGUCAUUUACACAAACACAACAUACCCAUAGCUGUUGCCACCAGCUCAGCUGAAGUGACAUUUCAGAUGAAAACAACCAGACACAAAGACUUCUUUAGUCUUUUUCAUCAUAUUGUGUUGGGAGAUGACCCCGAGGUGAAGUGUAGCAAGCCACAGCCUGAUGCAUUUCUAGUUUGUGCAAAGAGAUUUCACCCUCCUGCACCUCCGGAGAAGUGUCUUGUGUUUGAAGAUUCACCACUUGGAGUCAAAGGAGCCUUGGCGAAAAAAGUGGUUAUGAUUCCAGAUGAAAAAUUAAAUCCAGAUCUUAAAAAGGAGGCAACACUACUGCUGAACUCCAUGGAGGAUUUCAAACCAGAACUGUUUGGCUUACCAGCAUAUGAUUAAUGCCUAAUGUCUAUGAACAUGCACUUCACUGGAGAUUGAAAAAGUGUAAUGAAAUUUUCUUAUGGUUU